AUGUCUAACUUCGGCUUGGCUCUCGACAGCAUCGGCCUCUUCGGAAGCUCAACCUACAAUCCGCGAGAUUUCGAAAACAAGUGUGUCUUCGUUACGAUGGCAUAUCUCCAGGGUCUGACCGCUGACCAGUUCGCCAUCAACGUACAAAGAGAGGGUCUCUACGAAGCAAAUGAAGGCUGCGGAAUUGGCGAUAUAUACGACAUGCUAGAGCGCCAAGGAGUAACGAAAGGACCUUACCUCCUGCGGUUCAAUAUUCCACGAAUUCACAGUUGCUUAGAUCGCUUCACACAAGUAUGUGGUAUUAUAUACAGUAGACCUUAUGGCACAUCACACUGUGUGACUGUACGCAAAACGGCCAGGGAUGCCCAGCACCGAAAUGGAUUGAAGUAUAUAUGCUAUCAGAGGGAGACGGAGGGGCGAGAUCUCACCUGGGAUGCUGAGGCAGGUGAACUCGAGAUGAUCUUCAGCCUUUAUGGUAGAGGAUCUGUGCACUCCAUACCCCCCAAAAAGGAAGAUAAUAUUGAUUCCGAAAACUGUGCACCGUAGAUACAAGCAGCAGGACUC